AUGAGUUGUAUUGAAUGUGGUAAAGCUUUUACAUUUGCUAAUUCUCCUUGCAGGCAUGAAAGAAGCCAUACUGGAGAGGAACCUUCUGUAUAUACUCAAUGUGUUAAAGUCUUUGCUAUGAGUUUUCUUCAAAGGCAGGGAAGAGCACAUACUAGAGAGAAACCCUAUGUAUGUAAUCAGUGUGGAAAAGCCUUUGUAUAUUCCAGUAGUAUUCAAAGACAUAAAACAACACAUACUGGAGAGAAACCCUAUGAAUGUAAUGAAUGUGGUAAAGCCUUUGGACAAAAGCGUCAUCUUCAAAGACAUAUAAGAACCCAUACUGGAGAGAAACCCCAUAAAUGUAAUCUGUGUGGUAAAGCCUUUGGACAAAAAGAAUAUCUUAAAAUGCAUAAAAGAACACAUACUGGAGAGAAACCCUAUGAAUGUAAUCAAUGUGGUAAAGCCUUUGGACAAAAAGAAUAUCUUAAAAUGCAUGAAAGAACACAUACUGGAGAGAAACCCUAUAACUGUAUUCAAUGUGGUAGAGCAUUCUCUACACAGAAAAGUCUCCAAAUACAUAUAAGAACCCAUACUGGAGAGAAACCCCAUAAAUGUAAUCUGUGUGGUAAAGCCUUUACACAACGUGGUACUCUUAAAAUGCAUAAAACAACACAUACUGGAGAGAAACCCUAUGAAUGUAAUCAAUGUGGUAAAGCCUUUGGACAAAAGCGUCAUCUUCAAAAACAUAAAAGAACACAUACUGGAGAGAAACCCUAUGAAUGUAAUCAAUGUGGUAAAAUCUUUGUAUAUGCUAGUAGUCUUCGAAACCAUUUGAAAAAAUCAUUCUGCAAAGAAACCUUAUAAAUGU